AUGUCUUCUUCUUCACAAGACGACGAAGCUCUUCUUCAAGCACCAUGGCGAAUGAAACAAUCUGGAGAUCAUAUUUGGCUUAUGAAAUACCUACCUCAUCCUUCCAAACCAGGUUACUUAUUCCUCGCUACUGACCUCGAAAGGAUCUUAUUCGAACCUCUCAUCUCUUCUGCCGUAUUGUACCGUCUAGAAGAAAUACGGUCUGACUUGAAUAUAGAGCUUGAGGAUGGAGAAGGUGAUAUGAAAUCUCAGAUGGAAUAUGUCUUACGAAGACUCGGCGAGCUGUGGGAUGAUGAGGAGACAAGGUUGGAAGUGAAGGAACAUGAUUAUCAUGACGCAGUAUUUCAAUUCAGUAAUAAAUCAUUCACUUGGCAAUUUUACACUUCCGAGAUCAAAGGUCGUCAACCCCUUUCCAUCCUCUCACGUCAUCUCAUCUCUCCCCUUGUCUCCGCCUUGACCCAUGAUGAUACUCCAACUCCUUCGUCUUCUUCCUCCUUGACAGUCCAAGACAUUCUACGAUCUCUAGGUACGGUACCUCGUAUCAUCACCACUUCUCCAUCAUCGCUAUCAACCUCUGCAUCUCCAUCAAAAACCUCUCCAGAGAAAAAGAGUCAAAUAAUCGUUCAAAAGAAUGGAAAGAAAAAGACUGAAGUCCCCUCUGAUGAUCAGGGGGAAAAGAAGACUAGUGGCAGGACAAAGGCUGACCUAUCUAUUCGGAGCAAAGAAGAAUCUGUAUCGCCCAAUUCAUCUCCUCAUAAACACAAAAGAAGGCAUGUUUCCCCUCGUACUACCAGUCCGAAGAUCUCCAAAGCCAGAAAAGAGAAAACAGUUUCCCCUCCAUCAAAAACCAAGAAGAAAAGAAUGGUGUCACCUCCUGCUGAUUACCCAAAUAGGGUGUUAGACGCCGAAUCUGAUGAUUCAGAAGAGUAUGAACCUGAUCAAGAGGGAUCUGAAUCAAGCCGAUCUAUCCAUAAAACUUUAGAGGAUGAAGAGAAAGAAGAUGAUGAUGGUGAGGUAGAAGUGAAUGAUGAUGAAUCCGACAGGAGUACGAGGUUAACACGCCAAAAUAAGUCGAAACAAGUCGGGAAAUUUUUUGAAAACAGUAAAAGAACAAAGCAAACUUCUCAUCCAAGACUGCAUGAUAAAACCAGGCAUGGGGUAGAAAACGAGGGGAGAAAAGGAGAACCAAAAUUGGAAACUGGAAAAGGUCAUGGGAUCAUAAAAGGUACAGCGAAAUCUGUUGAAAAUGAGAUUAAUCGAGAGGGUGAUAAAGAAGGUGAUAAAGAGGAUGAGGUGGCGAAAAAGGUCGAAUCGAAGAAACGUGAUAGAGAAGCUGAAGAAGAAAUUUUAUUGGAGAAAAGGAGAGAAGAAAUGAAAAGACGAAUGGCUCAAGGUGGUGGUGGUGGUAGAUUAGGUAUCAGGAGGGGAAGGUGA